CAAGACGUUACCAUCCAGGAAGUAAAGAAACAGCAGUAAACACCGACAGCAACUACAGCCGGUAGAUUAAUGUUUCGUUUGUGGCUCGGCAGUAAAACUCGAGUGAAGUUUGUUUUAUCCGGUAGAAACAUGUCAGUAACGUCCUCUGAGUCUAGCCCAGCGGACGAUAAACACAGCGACAACCGGUCUAUUCACUCGGACAUGGUGGAGGAGGUUCACCACGUCCCAUUAAACGUCCUCAUUAGACCGUUUCCUCCGGUACUGGACGACCUGAAAGUCCAGAGUCUGAUGGACACAAUUAAGGAGACAGCCGACGUAAGCAUUGUUCCUCCCAUUGAUGUGCUCUGGAUCAAAGGUAGAGAGGGGGGAAAUUACUACUAUUCUUUUGGAGGCUGUCACAGGUUCGCUGCGUAUCAGAGGCUGAACAUGCCGACCAUUCCAGCCAAGAUCAUUAAAUCAAACAUCUCAGACCUUAGCACUUACUUGGGAGCUUCAACACCUGAUCUGCGGUGAUGCUUUUUUUUCCUUCUUUUUUUCUUUGGACACACACACAGUUAUGACUCUUCUGUUGCAGCUGGUGUCUGCAAAGCAAAGGAUUUACCAGCAGGGGGAAAUGUAACUCUUCACUUAAAGACAUGACAUUGAAAUGUGAUUUAAAGAGGGUGUGUGUUUGUAAAUGUGUGUUUUUAUAAGUUAAACAUUUUUACCAAGUGAACAUCUGUCAUUUAAUAGCUUUAACCACCAGCUGUACUUGCACAUAGUAAAAGUAAUUGAAAUGGUUAUUUUACAGUUAUUUUCAAGUACGUCUGAAAACAUGAUGAUGAAGCCGUUGCUACGGCAGGGAUUGUCGCCAUUUUUUACACAGCAAGUGUAGAAUUCUACAGGUCUUACUAAUAUCAUUGCUGUCAUAGUCUCAUUUUUAUGGUCCUGGACCCUGUUUCCCAAUAACAAUCGAUGCUUAGCAAUUAAAGCAACAUUAUGUAACUAUUUUAUCCUAAAAUAAAAGCUUCAAAAUUA